GUUAGAUUCGUGAAAAUUGGUACGAUAUAUUUUCUAGAACGUUUACAUUCCGUUUCACUCUUUCACUUGAUUGAAUUUAAGGCUUCCAAUAUAGGCUUUUUACCAGCAUUCAGAGCAUUCCAAUCAUUUAAUAUACAGCGUGGAUGGAGCUUAUCUACUACAGCUAUUCCUUCAUUUUAUAGUCAUCAGACAAGGUUUUUCUACAGAUCCACUAUGAAUGAAGCAGGUUCUAGUCAAUCUGAGGAUGGUUAUGUCCCAAGUGCAAAAGAGGCUACUGAUUUAGUAACCAAGUUUGCAGAAGUUACAGGCACAGAUACAGCAUGUGCACAGUUCUACUUACAGGACAGGGACUGGGAUUUACAAAGAUCACUGGAUGCUUAUUUUGGAGCAAAAAAAUCUGGAGGAAUUUCUGUUCUUACAGAUGGAGAUGAACCACAGAUUAUUUUGAAUAUAAAUAAAGAUGUUGCUAGUCAAUUAGCUAAAUCUGAAGACGUCGCAAAAUUGCUCGAUACAGCCACAACAAAACCACCUUCCGAAUUCCGUAUGAUUUCAUGGAACAUCGACGGGCUUGAUGACCGUAAUUUGAAAAUGAGAACAAAGUCUGUGGUAAAGAUUAUACAGACUCACAACCCUGACGUUGUGUUUCUUCAGGAAGUUAUACCGAAAACAUUGGAUUAUUUGGAAAAUAAUCUUCCACAGUUCAAAUUUAUUCCAGGGAAUGUAGAUGGAUACUUCACUGUUACGAUGUUGAAUAUGUUCACGAUACACUAUGAUUCCCACGAAAUCAUUGAUUUCCCUGCAACGACCAUGGGUCGUAAUCUUCUUAAAGUGGAGGCGCAUAUGGGCCCUCUGAAGCUAAAACUUCUUAAUACUCACAUGGAGAGUACAGGGGAGCACGCUGAUGAGCGAAUGAAUCAACUUAACAUAAGUUUUCACGAACUGAGUAGAACUGACAAGUCUGUGAACGUAAUCAUGGGAGGUGAUUUGAACAUGCGCGACAAAGAGUUGGCUACUGUUGGAGGAUUACCUGAUCUCACAUACGACCUGUGGGAAGCGUGUGGUUCGCGAAAGGAAUGUCAGUGGACAUGGGAUAUUACGAGGAAUACCAACAAGGAUUUUCCUGGCAAAUUCAAACCUCGAUGUCGCUUUGAUCGCAUCUAUUUGCGCCCAGCUACGUCGACGUCCGCUGUGCCCAAAUUCUUUGGUCUUAUCGGUUUACAGAAAAUCUCAGGCUAUCAGUGUUUUCCAAGCGAUCAUUGGGGAUUGCUGGCCGAUUUCGAUGCUAAAUAAGAAACCAGCGAAUUUUCGUUGACAUUUUGAAAAUAAUAAAUGCAGGGUAACUACGAUGAA